AAUGUUGAAAUUAAUUAGUGAGACAACGUGUGGGCCCCAAAGAAAGUCGUUGUAGACUAUAUAGUAGUAGUGAAUGAAGGGUCUGAUGAUGAACAAGGAAGGAACACGAGAGAGAGAGAGAGAGAGCGAGAGAGAGAGAGAGAGAGAGAGAGAGAGAGAGAGAGAGAGAGGGCGAGGCAAAAUGCAAUCUCAAGAUCGAAGUCAUCAAGCAAGCAAGACAUCAUCAAGUUCCUCCGGUCCCAACGUCGAAAGGUACACAACCAUCCCAAUCCCCGGCGAAGACGUCAUAUCUCGAUCAGUUUUCAACCUAUCAACUUUCCUUUCUCGCUGCCGCCCCUGGCAGGAAUUUGUUGAGGUGGGUGUUUUCGACAGGCCGGACUCCUUAUCAACUGCCGUCGAUCGACUUCGGAAGAAUGGAAACUAUUUCCGAUUGAAUUAUGCCAUCCUCCUCUUCGCCUGUUCAGCCCUCUCCCUCUUGCCCAAACCUUUCUACCUGCUCAUCGUCCUUGCGGUCUUCGGCCUCUGGUUGAUCUUCUCCGUCUUCCGCGAAGAUCCGCUCAUUUUGUGGGGUUACCACCUGAGCGAUCGCAUGGUCCUAUUGGCUCUCAUCUUGCUAUCACUCUCUGCUGUUUUGUUCACGGGAGUCCUCCAGAAUCUAAUCGUCAGUCUUUGCAUUGGGCUACUCCUAUCGGCCAUUCACGGGGUCUUCAGGAAUUCUGAUGGUUUAUUCAUGGAUGAGACUGAAGCCGCGUCCACGGGUUUGAUCGGAUCUUCCAGUUCCAGGGAUAACGUGAUCAGACGAGAUAGAAAUCAAUUCAAGAUCUAAUGAUCUCGACUUCAUGGCUCGCGAGGAGGAAUGCCAAUGCAAAUUCAUUGCUUCUUUCUUUGUUUUCUUUUUCUUU